CGGGGAAGAGGAAGAGGUGGGUAUGGUGGAGGCGGAGGCGGAGGGGGUGCUGGAGGUAGAGAGAGGGAAUCAGUAGCGGAAUUGGGGCUCAAUAGGUUUAAAAGGAUGAUCAUUAAAUUUGGGGAUGAUGAGGACUUUUCCCCAGUCGACGAUGCUACUCGUCUCGCUGCUGUCUUGAAACGAUCUUGGUCUGAGGCUUGCCCUGCGGUUCUGGAAGGCUUCAGAAUAGGGGUCACACAAGAACCGUACAAACAUCAUCUCUACGUCUGUCUCCUCUUACAAUUAUCUCGCAAACAUCAAUCGGACCCUAUCGACGAAGACGUCAAAGUCGGCGAAAAACGUAAAGCUUCCGAUGAUGGUCCAGAUCAUGGUCGUGAGAUAAUACAAGACCUAACUCAGGCCUUCAGAAUCUGGGUGGAAGGUCGUCAAUGGCUGAACAUGCGUUUGACUCUUCAAUUUUUUGCAUUGCUAGUCGUCACAAAACUCAUUUCCGCCGAAUCAAUAUUGGGAGUUUGUACAAGUCUACUUGCUGUGUUGAGUGAAUUGGGUGGUGGAGGGGACAGAGCCGAACGUGUCAUUCGGGCUGUUUCUGAGGCUUUGAUGAGAUGCGGCCAUGUCUUGUAUGUCACCAACCCAGAUAGCGUGGAACAUAUGAUCGGCAUGAUUGAAAAUGCCAUAUUGAACCGUGGUGGUGGAAAGGUUCUAUACGACCCUAUAUGUCCUAUCAUGCCUCGAGGGCAGGAGACUGAGCCGUACCAGGAUUCACUGGGCAACUUGCUAGCUAGUCUACACGCUCUUCGAUCCUCUGACCCCCCGUUUGUCAGCCCGCAAAGUAUGCCGAGACCUUGGGAGGAAAUGUCAUUGCCAGAGGGGAUGGUUCAAAGUGAAGCCGUCUACUUGGAAGCGGUCAGCAUGCCCCCGGAAUUAUUCGACAGCGGGGAUGUUUUGGAGAAGGACGGUGAAGGUCUGAUUGGGUCGUUGCGGCUGUUCGGCGACGAUAUUGUUCCAUCUCCAGAUACAGCAGACGGGUGGAUACUCCGUUCUUUAGUCCUCGACAUUCUGACCAUUUUCGAGAUCAAUCGAAAAGAAUGCGCUCGGAUUUUACUGUCCCUUCCUCGAUAUCUCACCGCUGGCACAUUCAAACCCCCCGCUACCACUGCUGCUCCUGCAGAAGUCACUUCAGUUUCGACACUAUCUUGCGAAUCAUUGAUCAUUGCUACAAUCUUUUCCGCCAUGCUCACGCUACCGUCGUCUGCCCUACCUCUCAUUUACUAUGGCUCAGUCAUCACCGAGCUGUGCAAGGUAUCUCCCAACACUGUCGCUCCUCCUGUUGGAAGAGCAGUGAGACGAAUGUUCGCUAUGCUAGGUAGUGAGGGGCUUGACAUAGAGGUGACGAGGCGGUUAAGCGAGUGGUUAGCAAUACAUUUGAGUAAUUUCGGGUUUCAAUGGAUGUGGAAAGAAUGGAUAUCCGAGUUAGAACUUCCUGCUAGUCAUCCUCGAAGAGCAUUCAUGAGACGUCUAGCGGAGCUCGAAGUCCGUCUGGCAUACUACGAUCGAAUCGUUGAUACUCUCCCUCCUCAGAUCGUCUCUGAAAAAGGUGCCGUCUUACCCGCGGAACCUCCCGAGCCCGCUUGGCUAUACGAAAAAGAAGAACAUCAUCUAUUUGCAGAAGCCAACGAACUCUUACGACUUUUACGUGCGAAAACCCCCUCUUCAGAUGUCCGGACUUACAUUACUACCCUGCCUCUUGCCUACCCUGACGGUCCAUCGGAACCAAUGUCACAAUCUAUAACACUCAUGGCUAUCGAAACCAUCUUACAUCUCGGUUCACGAUCAUUCUCUCAUUUUCUCAAUGCUACCGAAAGAUAUCUCGAUCUCCUACGUUUUCUCUCUCCCGACCCCACCGCUCGUAGAUUGUUGUUAGAUGGUAUACGGAAUUACUGGCGAUGGUCAAGUCAAUUGAGGCUAAUGACGGUUGAUAAGUACAUGCAAUAUGGGAUAUUGGAAGGUGAAGAUGUGGUCGAUUGGGUGUUUGGACAAGAAACAGGAGGAAGUGGUGGUGAGGAAGGUGAUGGAUGGACGGAUUUUGAUCAUUGGGAAUUACUCAGGAUGUGUAUUGGGAAGUUGGUUGGAAGAGUGAGUAGAGAUAAGAGUAGGGUUAAAAAUGUGGAGAGGGAGGAUGAAGCUGCUAGAGCGAGAAAAGCUGCGGAGAGGAUUGAGAGGGGUGAAGGAGUUGGAAUGGAUGAUGUUGAGAUUGUUGAUGACUCUGCAGAAAGAUCUAAAGAACUUCGAGACGCUCAAACAUCACUAGAUAUCAAUACCACCACUCUAGAACAUGUGUUACUCAACACCACCAAACAUUUCAUAUCUACCCUUCUCCCAUGGGUAUUCGACCCUUCUUCCACAUCUCAAGGUCUCGCGGGAGUGUUGAGACUUCUCGAUUCUGGUGAAGAAGGAUUUUGGGCCAUGAGAGCUAGAUGGGGAUGGUGGAGGGAGUUUGUGCGUUUAUAUUCGAUUCAUCUGUCAGCACUUGUUGAACCUGUUCAGAAAGCGGUUUGGGAUGGGAUACCUAAAAGGGAAGAAGAGGAAGAAAGUGUGGAGGUUAGGGCAGAGGGUAUGGUAAAAGAUGUUUGGAGGUUUGUUGUGACUGAGUGAUGCGAAUAUCUUUAAGUUGAG